UAAUAACAAAAAUGCACGUGUCGUCGUGUCGAUGUCAUGUACGAUUUGAUAUUCUAUGUUGUAACUUGUAGAUACUAAACUAGGUAGUCGAAUAAAUUUAGUUAACUGCGUUUUUACGUAUGAUUACAAAAAUUAAAAACAAUAACACUAAUAUUACGGUAUGGACACCACUAUACCAUCAUCAGAAUUCACGUUGAUCGACACGCAUGGGUUCAAGAAAAAUAAAAAGGUAAAACGAGUUCUACCAGACUGGCUGGCCAAACCUACAGUUGUAUCGGUCGAUUUAAAACACCUAGAAGUUCCCAUUGACGGCAUUCCAGAAUUGGAUCCCGCUUUAGUUCAAAAACUUAAAAAUAAAGGAUGUACACAUUUUUUCCCUGUUCAAAAUCAACUAGUACCAUGGAUAAUUAAAACUCAAAAACAUUGGGACUUCAGAUGGCUCAGGGAUAUAUGUAUUUCAGCACCUACUGGCAGUGGAAAAACUCUCUCCUACGUUCUUCCUAUAAUACAGACGUUAAAGUCAUUCUCUAGACAUCAACUCCGCGCUCUUAUCGUAUUGCCAACCAAAGACUUGGCUGUUCAAGUAUUCAAAGUGUUUCUAUAUUACAUUAAAAAUGCAUUUGAUUUAAGGGUGCUUCUUUUGGAAUCUAAAAACAUGACUCUAGAAAAAGAAAAGGAAAGGAUGUUGCAAUAUGAUAUCAGCCUUGGAUGGACAGAUCUUGUUGAUAUCAUCGUGACCACUCCAGGACGGUUAGUUGAUCAUUUGUAUUACACUGAAGGAUUUUCUCUGAAAAACCUUAGAUUUCUUGUCUUGGAUGAAGCUGACAGUUUUACUAAUAUAUUACAAAAUGAGUGGUUACAUAAAGUUAAUGAUAGCUUAGCAUAUAGUGGGCCUACAAUAUGUACUUUAAACACAUUAAGUGAGUCACCACAAAGAACACAGAGAUUAUUAUUUUCAGCAACACUUACUCAAGAUCCUGAAAAAUUAAAGUUUCUUAAACUCUUUGAACCUAAAUUAUUUACUUCAAUUAUAAAAAGAAAUAAUUCUCAAUUAUCUACUGACACAACUGGCACCGAUGAACCUGUACGAGGUGACUUUGUGGGAAAAUACACAACACCCAAAGAACUCAAAGAAUACAUGGUGCUGUGUCCAGAAGAAAAUAAACCUCUAACGCUGUAUCAUUUGAUAAGAAGUAAAGGCCUAAGAAGGGUGAUAUGUUUUGUCAAAUCAAAAAUAGAAGUGCAUCGUUUAACUAGACUUUUAUGCAAACUCAGUGAAUUUGAUACAGAUAAUUCGCCAAUAAGGGUUAAUGAAAUUUCUUCUGAUAUAUCACAAAAAAAUCAUUCUGGUUAUAUUAGACAAUUUUCAGAUGGUAAAAUUGAUGUAUUAAUUUGCACAGAUUCAUUAGCUCGAGGCAUAGAUAUUGAAAGGAUAUCUUGCGUAAUUUUAUACAAUGUACCAAAAUAUCCGAAAAACUAUAUACAUCGAAUUGGUAGAACAGCGCGUGCUGGUCAUAAAGGGAAAGCUAUUACAUUUGUCACUCCAGAACAUAAAGAACUUUUUGAAAAUGUUUUAAACUCUGCGGGUAAAACUAAUAUAAAAAAUAUGAAAGUCAACAUUUCUGACUUGGAACAAUAUGAACAAAUUUAUAUUGAUGCAUUAAAAGCUAUUAAAACUGAAUCAAUUCAAAAACCAAAAACUGUUGGUAAAAAAAGAUUGAGGAGGAACAAACAACUCAAAAAGUAAUAUCACUUUUUUUUUAUUAUAUAAACCUAGUAUUUAUGAAUAUAAUAUUUUACCAAUAUA